AGGUUAUGUGAUAAAGGGCAAAUAAGAUUAUUAAACAGAUGCAAGUUUUGGGGGUUAUAAACGAAUUAUGGCGGCUCAAACUGGAGUCCGGAAAUUAUUUGGGCGAUUGGCUGGUUUGUCUGGAGCGCUAGCAGUAACUGCUGGGGCUUACGGGGCACAUGGAUUCCGACACAGUGAUGCUGAUGAGUAUCGAAGAGAGUUGUUCGAGACUGCCAACAAAUAUCACUUCAUUCAUAGCCUAGCUUUGCUUGGAGUACCCCAUUGUCGAUUACCUUUGCUGGCUGGCAGUUUGCUUGCAUCUGGCAUGACUCUCUUCUGUGGUGUUUUUUACUAUCAUGCUCUGACAGGUGAUUCCUCACUCAGCAAGGCAGCACCAUAUGGCGGAACUUUACUAAUUGCAGGAUGGGUGGCCUUGGCACUCUGACACAACCACUGCUAUUGAAAUGGCAAAUGGAAUGGAGCAUCUUCAAACAAAAUCAGACGUGCAAGAUUGUGGUAGCAUACAGUAGCCUGUGAGAUGAGAUCCCAAUUUUUUGUAGCUGGACCACUCCCACCAUUUGUUAAAUGCAAAAAGUGUACAAUGACAAAGAAAUAGCCCAAGCUAUGACUACUUGGGCUUUGACAAGGAUGCCCUUGGCACAUAACUGUAGAAGUCCUUCACAAUUUAAAUUGCAGUAAAGUUUGCAGGGUCUCACUAAGAUACAGGUGAGGAUUUUGUGUGUCCUUGUGUGGUUAUUGCUGCACCUGUAACUUCAGUACACUAAGAGGGAAUAAAUAUCUACUUCUGUCCUAUUAUAUAUGAACGUUUAUGCCUUACUACCGGUUUCAAACCUUCAGUGUAAAAUUUGUGGCAUUGACUAUGCAUAAAACUCCACAAAUAACACUAACCUUUAAAAACACCAGAGGUAGCAUACAUGGGUGACCAGCGUCUUGUGUUUUUGCACUGUGCUUUUACACUUGUUUUACCUUGCAGGGGAUACUAGUCGGCAGGUCUGCUAAUUAGAGACUGUAUUCCCUCUCACUUUUAUGGAGGUUGGGAACUUUUAAGUCUUUAUAUAGCAUGGUGUAGUUAAAACAGAUUCACUAGACAAUCUUGAAAUACUGAAAUGUCGAAUUUCAGUAUUUCAAGACUGAAUAGUCGAACACCCACAUACCUGAACACCCAAAACCGCGAAUAGCACAAUCGCGACCUAACACACACACACCUACCUAACUACACUAAAACAAGCAAAACACACACAAACACAGCAUAACACACACCCUACUUGUAUAACUCUGAGGUCACACUAAACACACAAACACAAAAAGCACCACUACACAAGCACACUAGAAUCCAUAGCCAAUACCCUUACACAAACACCACUUGCCUGAAACCACAGAUAAAUCCACAAACCGCAUAUCAUGAACGCGACACCACGAUAGCGGAUUCCACAUUUCCACACUCGACAUAGUGCAGUUUCGCAUAACUGCACUUUUGAGUAUUCAGUCUCCAAGUACUGAAAUUCGACAUUUCAGUACUUCGAGAUUCUCUAGUGUAUCCAGUUAAAACACACCUACUGCUUGUAGUGUACAUAUUGUGAACAGGAAAGAACAGGACCAUUCUAUCAAAGUACAUCCAUGAAUGAAAGUGGUAUGUUUCUAAUAUUGUAGCUUUGAAUUAUUCGUAGGUUGACUGCAUGUGGCUUCACUGUGUAAAGUGGUUAAAAUGUCCAGAAUGGAACAUUGAUGCUCAGUUUGCAACAUUACACCCAGUUUUUACACUGCUUUAUUUAGGAAUAUAUAAGAACUAAGAUGAUUUUAUCUUGUAGUAAGUGCUAAUGAGUAUUGAUUAAAAUGAUUGUAUCCUGCA